AUGGCCGACAAGGUGGGGGAAGUAAACACAGCUGUUGGAGAUAGUGAAGCAAAACAACAGCUAGAUGAGCACGAAGUGUCAGGAGCCGAGACGAAGGGCGAGUCCGGCGACAGCGACGGGCAGGGCCGGACAGAGAAGCGGGUCCCGGCAGCGGCAGAGAACAGCUGGUCGGCUCCCAUCAUGUCUCUGGCUCGGAAGGCCACUGAGACGAUUAGCAGCGGGGUGAGCUACGCCGCUGCCCCGAGAAAGACCACACAGGGAUCGGCUGCGAGCUCCCCAACGGAAAAGGAGCCCGAAAAUGAUCUCAGUAGCUCUUCUAAAAGGCUUCCAGUUGUGCUCCCCAAAGACCCCAUGGCAAUAGAAAGGUCCAACCUCCUCAGUAUGAUGAAGCUGAGCAUCAAAGUAUUGAUUCAGUCCUCCUUGAGUCUGGGCAGGACGUUGGACUCGGAGUACCCUCCUCUGCAGCAGUUCUUUGUUGUCCUGGAGCAUUGCCUCAAACAUGGCCUGAAAGCCAAGAAAACCUUCAUUGGUCAGAACAAAUCUAUAUGGGGACCUCUGGAACUGGUUGAGAAGUUGUGUCCAGAGUCCAUUAACAUUGCCACAAGUGCCAGAGACCUGCCGAGCAUCAAGACCGGUUUGGGUAGAGCGAGGGCUUGGCUGCAUUUGGCGCUCAUGCAGAAGAAAGUAGCCGACUAUAUGAAAGCUUUGCUGGACCGCAAGGACCUCCUGAGUGAGUUUUAUGACUCUGGAGCAUUGAUGAUGGAGGAGGAGGGGGCAGUGAUGGGGGGACUGUUGGUGGGCCUCAACGUAAUUGAUGCAAACCUCUGUAUUAAAGGGGAGGAUCUUGAUUCUCAGGUAGGAGUCAUUGACUUCUCCCUUUACCUGAAAGAUCCUGUGAACAGCGAGACUCCAAAAGAUGAUGCCAAGAUGACAGCCAUAUUAGAUCAGAAGCACUACAUUGAGGAGUUAAAUCGUCACCUCAGUGGCACCGUCACUGACCUUCAGGCCAAGAUGGACUCUCUAGAGAAGACCAACAGCAAACUUGUGGAGGAGCUGACGGCAGCGACAGACAGAAUCAACUCUCUGCGGGAAGAACAGGAACAGCUAAGAAAAGAGAAUGAGUCAAUCUUGCAGUCCAACCAGAAAAAGGAAGAGGCAGCCCUUCAGGACAGCCAGGUGGAGUUGGAGACGUACAAACAGACUCGACAGGGCCUGGAUGAGAUGUACAAUGUGGUGUGGAAGCAGUACAAGGAGGAAAAGCACAUUCGCCAGGAGCUGGAACGUGAGUUGGAGCUGCAGAUGGGGUUAAAGCAGGAGAUGGAGGUGGCCAUGAAGUUGCUGGAGAAGGACACGCAUGAGAAACAGGACACACUGGCAGCCCUGCGGCUCCAGCUCGACCAAGUCAAGACUCUUAACCUGCAAAUGUUCCACAAAGCUCAGGACUCGGAACGAGAGGCAGAAAAGAAGCAGGCGGAGGCUUUGCAGCUUGAGCAGAAGAUGGAUGAAAUGGAGAAAGCUAUGAUGGAACUAGAGCAGAGACUACAGAACUCGGAGCGGGAGCGCAAACAGAGCGACCAGUCAGACAAAGACAUGAGGGUGGAGCUGGAAGGGAAAGUGGAUGCUUUGCAGAAACAACUGACUGAUCUGGAUACACUAAGACUGGGUUUGGAGAAUGAGCUGCGCACUGAGAGGGAACACAGACAAAGUCUGCAAAAAGCCCUCCAGAGGGAACAGGACAACAGCAUUGAGCUACGCACACAGCUACAGCAACUCCAGGGCCUGCACACGGAGCUGCAGGAUUUGAAGGAGGAGAAGCAGCAGCUGCAGCAGACGUGCGAGCAGCAGGAACAGGCUCUACAGGAGAUGGGACAGCAUCUAAGCCAGUCUAAACUCAAGAUGGAGGACUUCAAGGAGGUUAACAAAGCCCUGAAGGGCCACGCUUGGCUGAAAGACGAUGAAGCUACUCAAUGCAAGCAAUGCCAGAAGGAGUUCUCCAUCUCACGCAGAAAGCACCACUGCAGAAACUGUGGCGACAUCUACUGCAAUAGCUGCUCCAGCAAUGAGUUGGCCUUACCUUCCUACCCUCGGCCUGUGCGGGUGUGCGACAUGUGCCAUUCGCUCCUGCUGCAGAGAAGCUCCUCCACAGCCUCCUGACAAAACACCUACAAGCUUUAUGCAUCUACAAGAGCUUUCUACUAAACACACUGCACAUGCUCAUCCACUAUGAUUUUUUAACUACGUAUGUUUAAAAAUUGUCAUCAAAUCUUAGGGAAAUGUGAUUUGGUGUCCCAUUUCCACUGUUACCUGAAAUUCAGGAACAUUAGUCUGUAUCUGUAUUAAAUGAGGGGCCACCUUUUAACACUGAUGGGAUGAGCUAAUGUAAUUUAUGCAGACUGUAUGUUAAAGAGACUUGAUUCUGCUCAGAGGAUGAUAUAGUUUUUGGAUAUUUAUGUGAUUCAUGUUUCUUUGGGCUUGAAUAACAUCAGUUUGACAAUUUGGUACUCACUUGAUAAACUGACCAUUUUAA